AUGGAUGAUACCAACUGCUCCAUCCUAAGAAAUGUAAAGGGUCCUGUUUGUGAGGGAGAUAUACUGAUGCUGUUGGAAUCGGAACGUGUAGCUAGAAUAUUAUGUUAG